CCAUCCAAAGCCCUGGUGGUUUUGCAGCUUAAACCCUAAUAGUUUCUCCCUCUCUCAUGAACUCACCGAUGGCGAGCAGAGCGGUGACCGGCCUCUGCUCCCCUCCCCUCUGCGGCUUCAUCUGCCAUCGGUUCUUCGCCCAUCGCCGCCCUUCUCAUAUCCGGUCUCCGGGCCUCGGAAUCUGGAGCCCUCCCCUUUCGAGAUCUCGCUGCAGCGGUUUCAGCCUUCGAUUGAGGUCGUCGCCUCGCCAAAUUCACAGCCUCGUUGAGUCGGUUAUGGAGGAGCUGGAAUCAAUCCGUUCUCGAAAGCGGCUUCGGGCGUUAAAUAAAGUGGGAUUUCCUGCCAGUAAGGAGCUAUCUGAAGUAAAACUAGGCAAGAGGGUUCUCCAGAAAGGGUUAUUGCUUGAAUUUCGAAAAGAUCCACAAAAAUUGUUGCUAGCAGUAACCCAGAAGCCUGAUGGAAAGAAAAACUGGAUGGUGUACGAUCAGAAUGGCACUGUCUCCUCCAUAAAGCCUCAGCAAGUUACAUAUAUAGUACCUGGUAUUGAAGAUUUUGAUCACACGGAUAUUCCUGCAUUUAUUCAUAAAGCUCAGGAUCUCUUGGACCCUACGAUGCUAGAGUAUGCUUGGGCAGAACUUUUGGAGAAUAAAAAGCAAGUAACUGUUGAAGAAUUAGCAGAGAUUAUUUACGGUAGCAGCGAGUCUCUGGAGAGCUACUGUACCCACCUCUUGCUAUCAAAAGAUGACAUUUAUUUUAAUGAAAUUGAGCGCAAGGGAUCUCACACUGCUUAUGAGCCUCGACCUGUUGUUCAGGUGGAAGAACUUUCCCAUCGGAAGCGGGUUAAAGAGGAAUCUGAGAAGGAACUACAAGAGUUUGUUGGGUUACUGAAAUCUGCGAAGGCAAAGCCUGUGCACUCCAAGCCUCCUAAAAGUUCAUGGACGUCAGAAGAGAGCAUCGAGCGGUGGGUAAAAUCUCUUGAAGCUUAUGCCGUGGAUGCAUGUGAGAAUGAAGAACAAAAGAAAACUGCUGGAAACAUACUUAAAGCAAUGGGACUGUUAAAGACAUCAGCUGCUGCAGUGAAUCUCCUUAUAGAUAUUGGAUAUUUCCCUGUACAUGUUAAUCUGGAUCUUUUAAAGUUCAACAUUCGUACUGAGCAUAGUGAUGAAGUCCUCUUAGCUGCUGAAGAUCUUAUGAUGCAAUCUGCUGACCUUGAUGAGGUUAGCAGGAAAGAUCUUACGUUCUUGAAAGUCUAUGCAAUUGACGUGGAUGAAGCAGAUGAGCUCGAUGAUGCAUUGAGUGCAAUGAGGCUGCAGGAUGGUAGGAUAAGGAUUUGGAUACAUGUUGCAGAUCCUACAUGUUUGGUUAAACGUCAAAGCAUAGUUGACAGGGAGGCAUUGCGAAGAGGAACUUCCAUUUUUCUGCCUACUGCUACCUUUCCAAUGUUUCCUGAAAAGCUUGCUAUGGAGUCCAUGAGCUUGCAGCAAGGGAAGCUCUGCAAGGCUGUCACUGUGUCCGUCACUCUCCAUCAAGAUGGCAGCAUUGCAGAAUACACCAUAGACAAUUCCAUCAUCAGACCAACCUACAUGUUGACAUAUGAGAGUGCAACAGAGCUGCUUCACUUGAACCUGGAAGAGGAGGCUGAACUUAGACUCUUGUCUGAAGCUGCAUUGCUCCGAUUACAAUGGCGCCGUAGCCAGGGUGCGAUCGACACAACUACAAUUGAGCCACGCAUCAAGGUGGUCAAUGCUGAUGAUCCUGAACCUUCCAUCAAUUUGUAUGUGGAAGACCAAUCAGACCUUGCAAUGCGACUUGUUUCUGAAAUGAUGAUACUGUGUGGGGAAGUUGUAGCCACAUUUGGUUCACACAACAAUAUUCCUUUACCAUACAGGGGGCAACCCCAGUCAAAUAUAUCAUCAUCAGCAUUUUCCCAUCUCCCGGAAGGACCUGUCAGGAGUGCUGCUUUCGUUAGAAUUAUGCGUGCAGCAGAGAUGGAUUUUAAGAAACCGAUUCGUCACGGCGUUCUUGGUGUUCCUGGUUAUGUACAAUUCACUUCUCCUAUCCGUAGAUAUGUUGAUCUUCUAGCCCACUAUCAGGUAUGUUCUCUCAGUCAUAUUAAAUACUUGAAACAUUCUAGUAAAAUUUAUGGUAAGAAUAUGCUUGGGCCAUUAUUAGAUAUCCACUACUUUGUAAGUUCAUUCUUUGUAUGAACUGUGUACCAACUUGGUAUAAGAACAGGGAAAAGUAGAUUUCUGAAUCAAAUGUCAUUAGAAUUUAGAAGUGCUCAUGUUUCCUUUCCUAUUUGUUUUGUUUUUGAAAGCAUUUCCCCCCAUGAUUGUUGGUCUUAUAGAAAGAACAAUGAAAGACUUGCAGAAUGAUUUAUCAUUCUACCAAAGUACAACACAAGCUAGUAAAGAGGUUCCUGAGGAUAACUCUUUUGAUGUUCACUAAUCCCUUAACUCGAUUGUCUGUGAGUAACAAGAGCGAUGUUCCGAAGGGCUUUUCAGCUGUAGAUUUCUACUUUGUGCCUCCAUUCUUGAGCUGGGUUAUUACCCUUCUCCUUUUGCAUCAAAGAGUCUCUGGUUUGAGUCCUUUGGGAUAUGACCCAAGUCUAUUCUCAGCUCUAGGUUGAAAAGUAUUAUUCGGAUUUGCUCUAGGUUGCAGAAUAUUCUUCCGAUUUGUGCAGGCAACCCUUAUGUCCAUUUACCCUUUCAAAUAGAGUAAUGAGAGGUGACGAUAAGGUGAAAUAGUUUAAUUCUAUAUUUCUAGGUAUGUUUUGUCAAUUUUUUGGAAUAUUGAGUUUCACACUGAACCUGGAUUACUUAGGGGCUAGGACAAGGAUAGAUCAGGCUUAUACAUUUCCUUUUACUUUCCCUUUUAAGCCAGAGGGCUCUGUAAUUUUUUUCUGACAUGCUAUUCCUGGAUUAGUUAUGUAUUGCUCGGAUCUGAAGAAGCUUAUUAAAAAGAACUAAUUAACUUCCUAUGGAACAGAAUUAGGACUAUUACAUGCGUAGUGCUUAGAGCUACAACUUCGUGUUGCCUCUUGUUUUUGCUACAAAUUUUUUAAAUGUUUUCGUACUGCUUGUAGUUUCUUUUUUGGUACUUAAUUACAUCUCUUGGUGUUUUU